AUGUCUGUGUUAUACCGAAAAGGCGAAGCCUACUGGCUGAGGAACGAGGAUUUAUUAAUCCGACAAUACGAUGAGUUUGAAAAGGAAAUUUCGCAAUUACACUUCCAUCUUCCGCCCCUGAUCCAAUUUACCGAACACGACUACCCAGAAAACGAACUCGCAUUCUAUCUCCAAGGUCGCUUCCAAGGAUGGCGCGAAUCAACCCUCCGCCCGCUCCUCUACUGUGCUCUCCACGGAACCUGGGGCCGUGGCCAACACGACCAGAGCCAGCGGCACCCGACGAACCCGCGCGUAAUCCACCUCGCUCAAAAAGCCGUCGACACCUGCGCCGCCAUGAUCGUCAAAACGGCGCACCACCACCGUCACGGCGGAAGCUGGUUCGUCGCCCGCCGCGCAUUCUCCUGCGCCGUCAUGGUCCUCGCGGUCGUCGCGGCAGGGACCCAUCCUGUGGAGCCGCCCUCUAACUGGGACUCUCUCGUGCGGCUUGCGCUGAGAGUUCUCGGUCGAUGGGGCAGAGAGGCGCGUGAUCUCGAGCGCAUGCGGGAGACGCUCCAGCGGCUCUUCCACAGAGUGCAGCAAAAGGUGGGCUCCGGGGUGGCGGUUUGA